UGGUGCAGAAAACUCGGUUUCCCGGACCCACCCCGGAGUCCACCGUCUCAUAAGCUUCCGUCUUUAUUUUCCAUUUUCCACUGGCAACUCUUGCUCCUGAUGGUAAGGAAAACUCCGUCAUCUUUUUGGGUCUCCUCUGGCAGUGCCCUCUUUGCAAAGGAGGAAGCAGCAGCAGCGGAAGAAGUGAGCGAUGAAGAAGCUUAGAUGGGUAGCCGACGCCGGGUCGUGGGACGUGGACGUGUCGACGCCGGCGACUCUUGACGGCAUUGCUAAACCAAUUCCGGAUGGGUGCGGUCUUCCUUUAGGCCUUUCCAGGGGGUUGACACUCUCGAGGCCAAAGCAGCUGGAUUUCUUCCACCGCUUCAUGGCUCUUCCUCUCGUUCCUUCCUAUGCGGGCAGCCCUGAAUCCGGAGGCGACGGUCUUACUCUGCAGAGGGUGAUAACCUUGCCAUUUGGAGAGAACUGGUUUGCCACUAUCUUAGGCCAGAUUAAUAUACAGAAAUUGCUUUCUGCUGUGAAAGAAGGACAAAAACAGAACCCCAUGGAACCCAUCGGACCAAAGACAUUCUGGAGGUCCCUAAGUGAUAAAUCAUUGUAUGCUCUGAAUUUUUGUUCCGAAUUCUUGAUCACACCAAGUAGUUCUUUGCUGUUGAGCUCAGAGAUACACAAUGACAGUAAAGGUCGAUGGAGUAAGGCACUUUUUCAUUACAAGUUUCCACUACACAAUUUACUGCUGGAGAUGACGUGGCCGAAACUUUUCAUUGAUAAGGCUGGAACUUACUGGGAAGUGCCCAUGUCAAUGGCUGUUGACAUUGCUUCGGUUCCUUCUGAUUCUGGUUUAAGUUAUCAUUUGUGUGUGGAUCAUGCAAGUGGACUUCCCAAGCAACAUGGUGGGGUUGAGGUCUGCAGCAUGCCUCCUGGUUUCCCGUUCUUGUCAUGCAUAAAAGCUGCAUGUUCAUUUAAGAGGAAUGUUGAUAUUUGGAGAAAAAAAGACGGAAAACUGAAAAUGAUCCAGCCAUAUGAUGUAUUUCUGACUGAGCCCCAUAUUGAGGCAUCUGCAAGAAUUGGUGGCAUUCUCAAAGGUUAUUUUGGUGGUAGCUCUACAAUGGCACGUCUGAAGGAAAUGCUGAAAAGUAAAGACCUUGGAUUUCUUGCUAAAAGGAGGAACUCUCUUUUGUCUGUCGAUGCAUUUGCAUCACUUUCCUGUACACUUCAGUAUGGAAACUUUCAGAGGCUGUUUUUGGACCUUACUCGACUGUCGGCUUGUGCGGAGAUUUCUUCUGGUGCAUCACUUGUCUCUGGUGUUGCUCAUCUACUUGAUGAUUUCUACAAGAAGAAACAAAUAGAUAUGGAAGCAAUGUGUGUUGUUUUCCCUGAUAUUGUGUUUUCUUUCCAACAGCAGAUUGUGGGCCCUUUCAGUUUUCGAGUUGAUUCCACAGUCACGUUGGACCCCAGGUAUGGUUCUUGUGUGCCUCGUGUAAGUGACUCGGUCUAUGCUUUGGAGUAUGCCUUGCAAGUUCUUGGUUCAGCUAAAGCUGUUGCCUGGUACUCGACGAAACAGCGAGAAGCAAUGAUUGAGUUGAGAUUCUUUGAGCAUUAGGUAGUUGCUUUAGAUUUUGUCCUGUUGUGCCUGACCGAUUGAUCAAAAUCAAGGAGAAGAGAGCAAUCUUGCAUUAACAUGGUACUGAUGAUCUCUGGCACAUGAAUCAAGGAUGUGGUGCAAAAUGUCAUGGAACAGCAGCAGGAAGAAAUCGAAUAUAUUUUCCAUCUGUAUGUGCUGCUGGCAGAUUACCAGUUGCAUCAUUGACCACUGAAAAGUUCAGACGUGAGACAAAGGGUUCUGGAUGGUGUAUCAAAGAUGGAAUUCUCAGGGGGUUGCUGAAAAAAUUAGGAUUUAGGCAGUGGCUGGGGCCAAAGUAAUGGAGCUUGCUGAAAAGCCAACGUUUAGGGGAACAGGAAUCCACUGAUCUUGUGAAUGGUUGUCCAACUCUUCUUUAUGGGUAUGUGUUGACAUCUGCGACCAAAUUUACAAGCCAGAGCAGUAGACAUUGUUAACAUAUGUAAUCUCACUGGGAUCUUCACCUUCCAUUUUUAAUGAUACACGGUCACUGUUAUGAGCAUUAAUGAUUUACUACUUGUUUGCACCAUCA